ACUAUUAUUUAAUAUUGAAGAUGAAGAAAUUUCUAAAGAUUAUAAUCUAUUAGAAAAAGAUUCUUCUGACUUUAAGGAUUUCAAUGGAGAAUAUGAUAUAUACUUCCUAAUUUUAUAUUAG